UUUUGAUAGCCAACCAUAAAAUGAGGGCGCUCGUCAACAAUCAGAGCAUCAACUGUAAAAUGAUGUAUAGUAUAAAAUGUUUGGCUGGUUGAUAAAACAUUUCAGUAAUGCUCCUUCCGAUCUGGGGAGAAAGUACCACUCGCAAAAGUAGUAAAAUAUGAAACAAAUUUUCCAAAGUCUGUUUUUGGCAUGCCUGAUGUUCUCUGUAAUUACAUCAACGAAAAUACGAGUUGGUGUGCUCCUGUUCCCCAAAAGGACACAUAUCCUCGGUCAAGCGCGUCUUUACCCGGCACUCGAGGUUGCUCAAGAGACCAUCUCAAGCCGUGUCCAGAGCGGGGACUACGCAAACUUCUCCAUCGAGCUGCAGUUCUCGCCCACGGGCUGCUCCGAGCCGGUUGAAGUUAGCUUGGGAGUGGCCGCUCAUUUCUACUUCGAUGACGAGAUUGCAGCUCUCCUCGGUCCCGCUUGCAGUAGCGAUAUGGAGAGCGUGGGGGACUUAGCAGCUGCACUGAACAUACCAAUUCUCUCGCCGAGUGCAAGCAGCCACGGGUUGGACGACAAGGGGAGGUAUCCGACGCUAACGCAGCUGGUCUUCAAACCCAGCACGAUGGCGGAUUUCCUUGGGAGGCUGUUCCUUCUUUACGGGUGGGACUCGUUUGUAUUGCUUGGGGUUUCGACUGGAUACCACGCCUUACCGACCGCAGCAGUGGAAGACGGUAUGCGUGAGCUUGGGAUUAGAUCGUACGUUAUUUACAUCGAUGAGGUGGAAGAUUUCAAUGCUACUUUAGAGGAAGCAUCUCGAAUAAGCCGGAUUAUAGUUAUCAAUGCCAAGGGUAAUCUCGUUCGCAAGAUCAUGCUGAGCGCCUACAACCUCGGACAAGUAGGUGGGGAUUACGUGUUCUUCAGCUAUCAACCGUUUAAUAACACACUGAACUUUGGGAACGAUGCGUGGCACCAGGGCGACGGAGACGAUGAUAAAUUAAAGACAGCCUACCGAGCCCUGAUGACAAUUCGUCUGUUUGAACCGACUGAUGACUCGAAGUUCAAUGCAUUCAAUAGAGACAUCCUCGACCGCUCGUUAAGAGACUACAAUGUGACUCCUGAAUCUGGGAACGAGGCCAACUUUUUCGCCACCUGUUACCACGACGCCUUGAUUCUGUACUCGCUUGCUAUCAACGAGACAUUACACGAGGGAGGUGACAUUCGUGACGGUCUAACUCUACGACAGAAGAUGUGGAACCGAACUUUCCAAGGUAUUGCGGGAGACAUUGUAAUGACAUCUAGCGGUGAUAGAAUCGCAACGUACUCCCUAUGGGAUAUGACGGACACAGAAAACGGUAAAUUCGAGCCUGUGGUGAAUUUUUAUGGACUGUCAAACGAGCUCAAGUUCUACAAACCAAUUAAGUGGCAUGGAUUCCCGGAUGGUGAAGUUCCCCCAGACACUCCUCGGUGUGGUUUCUACAAUGAAAACCCGAUCUGCAAACCCAAAGAUGAUAAUACCGUACUGCUCAUCGCGUCCAUCCUGACGGUGUGCGCACUGAUUGUUUGUGUCUGUGCUACUUUGGUAGUUUACAGAAAACAUAGGCAGAACGCGGAAUUAUUGACGAUGUCUUGGAAGAUUCGCUACGACGAUUUAAUCUCCAAGGCUGUUUCCAAAUCCAUUGCCUCAUCCAUGCGGUCUUUAUCCAUGUCCAUGACUGGCUCGCUGACUGAUAAAAAUAACCAGCGCCAGAUAUUCACCAAAAUUGCUCAGUACGAGGGUCGAGUGGUCGCUCUUAAGCCAAUAAGAGACGGCAAGCUUGAACUGACAAGGAGUGUCUUGGUAGAGCUCCGAAAUUUGAGACAUCUGGAGCAUCCAAACAUCGUUCGUUUUGUGGGUGCAUGUACAGAUGGACCAGAUGAUGGCAAACAUUUGAUAAUUACAGAGUACUGCACCAAGGGAAGUCUUCAGGAUAUUCUUGAGAACGACGCUCUGAAGUUGGAAUGGGACUUCAAGAGUUCUCUUCUGAUUGAUGUCAUCAAGGGUUUGAGUUUUCUUCACCACCGUCGAGAGCUAGGCGUGCACGGCAGGAUGAGGUCUUCUAACUGCGUGGUGGACAGCCGAUUUGUGGUCAAAUUGACGGACUUUGGUCUCCUAGACUACAGGGAUAUCACAUCCGACAAUGAUAACGAUCAAACAUACUUGAAAAAAAUGUUGUGGAAUGCACCAGAACUUCUUCGUGCUCCAACCAAGAAUAAGCCGACGAGAGAGGGCGACAUUUACUCUGUUGGCAUCAUCAUGCAGGAGGUGGUAAUGAGAGGUCCGCCAUUCGAGAAUGAGUGCAGGGACACUGAUAAUGUCAAAGUUGUUUUAGAGAAGAUUCAGUCUCAUUCAACUCAACCAUUCCGUCCCCACGUCCCAACCGAAGCAUGUAGCCCAGAAAUACACGCUAUUAUGGCAAGAUGUUGGCAUGAAACACCAGAGGAAAGGCCCACAGUGAACGAACUCAUGGCCGACAUGAAGAAGAUUUGCAAGGGUGUCUCGGGAGGUAUCAUGGACAACCUGCUAUCUCGUAUGGAGUUCUACGCCAGUAACUUGGAAGGUCUUGUAGAGGAGAGAACCUCCGCCUUCUUGGAAGAGAAGAAAAGAGCAGAGACGCUCCUCUAUGAAGUCUUGCCGAAGUCAGUAGCCGAUAAGCUUAAAAUGGGAUCCACGGUGCAACCAGAGUCUUAUGACAAUGUGACAAUUUUCUUCAGUGACAUCGUGGGAUUCACUGAGCUUUCAUCGGGCAGCACCCCUAUGCAGGUUGUGACACUGUUGAAUGACUUGUAUACAUGCUUUGACGGAAUUAUCGGUAACUUUGAUGUGUACAAGGUUGAGACGAUUGGAGACGCCUAUAUGGUGGUAUCGGGCCUGCCAAUCCGCAACGGCUCUGCCCAUGCGCGCGAAAUCGCCAACAUGGCGCUUUCAUUGCUUGGGGCAGUGGGAACCUUUAAAGUGAGGCACAGACCAGAGUGGAAGUUGCAACUUCGAGCCGGGGUACACUCAGGUCCAUGCGUGUCUGGAGUGGUUGGUCUUAAGAUGCCCAGAUACUGUCUGUUUGGUGAUACAGUCAACACAGCGUCCAGGAUGGAAUCAAAUGGAGAAGCCCUCAAGAUUCACAUCAGUAGCUCAACCGAACAUGUCCUUCAUGAUUUGGGAAACUUCAUCAUUCGAGAGCGGGGAGAAAUAGAAAUGAAGGGUAAAGGCAAGCAGAGAACGUUCUGGUUGAUCGGCCACAGGGAAUUAAAGGAUUUCCGUCAACCUUAACCACACGUGCAGUCAAGUCACGUAAUGCUUAUAUUUUUA